CACAGCCGACAUAGCAAUUGCGCACAAACACACAACCACAUUAAAACCCAUUGCGGCCGCCAGGGCGCCCUCCAACGCCUCUCCAAUCCCCCCUCCCCACUUCCCUUGCUCCUCGAUCGCGCGCGCUAUUCGUGUUAGAGAAAGAAUCUGGGAGAUCUAGGAUUUGGGGAUCCGGAAUGCAGCGGCCGAGAGGCUAUUUGGAGCGAUCGAAUACGAUGACGAGGGAGAAGCGGGGGUUGGAUCCGAGCGACGGGGAGGACGUGCACCCCGAGCCCAAGCGGAAGAAGGUCCCGGCUUUAGCGAGUGUGAUUGUUGAAGCUUUGAAAGUGGAUAGUCUGCAGAAAAUUUGUUCAUCAUUGGAGCCGAUCCUUCGUAGAGUUGUUAGUGAAGAAGUGGAGCGUGCUUUAGCCAAACUUGGUCCUGCUAGGAUUGGGGGCAGGUCCUCUCCGAAACGAAUUGAAGGGCCUGAUGGAAGAAAUCUGCAGCUGCAUUUCAGGUCAACACUGUCCCUUCCCCUUUUCACAGGAGGAAAAGUAGAAGGGGAGCAGGGAGCUGCAGUUCAUGUUGUGUUGCUUGAUGCAAAUACUGGUCAUGUUGUAACGUCAGGGCAAGAGUCAUCAGCAAAACUAGAUGUUGUUGUGCUUGAGGGUGACUUUAACAACGAGGAUGAUGAUGACUGGACAGAAGAAGAGUUUGAAGGUCAUGUAGUCAAAGAGCGUGAAGGAAAGAGACCACUUUUGACUGGGGACUUACAGGUUUCGUUGAGAGAAGGUGUAGGUACCCUUGGGGAGCUCACAUUUACUGAUAAUUCUAGUUGGAUCAGAAGUAGAAAAUUUAGACUUGGCCUGAAGAUUGCUCCAGGCUUCUGCGAGGGAAUUCAUAUUCGUGAGGCAAAAACAGAAGCGUUCACUGUCAAGGAUCACAGAGGGGAAUUAUACAAAAAACACUAUCCACCUGCAUUGAAAGAUGACGUUUGGAGGUUGGAAAAGAUUGGUAAGGAUGGUUCAUUUCACAAGAGGCUGAAUAAAUGUGGAAUCUAUACAGUCGAAGACUUUCUCAGACUUGUUGUUAGAGAUCCACAAAGAUUGCGAAAUAUCCUUGGAAGUGGCAUGUCAAAUAAAAUGUGGGAGAGCCUUGUGGAGCAUGCCAAGACUUGUGUCUUGAGUGGAAAGUACUAUAUAUUUUAUUCUGAUGAGACAAGGAGCGUUGGUGCUAUUUUUAACAAUAUUUAUGAGUUUUGUGGCUUGAUUGCUGGUGGGCAGUUCUAUUCAGCUGAAACUCUUAAUGAUAGUCAAAAGGUCUUUGCAGAUGCAUUGGUGAAAAAGGCAUAUGAUAAUUGGGUGCAUGUCAUAGAAUAUGAUGGAAAAGCUCUUUUGAACUCUAAACAGAACAAGAAGGCAACUGCAGCAAAUUAUCCUGUUUUAUAUGAUCAGCAAAUCUCUCAAACUAACUUGUCAGUUCCAGUUCCUUUGGAGCAGCCUUCAGUAGAUGCAGAAAUGGCUAUUGGAGGAAGUACCAUUUCUGCUGGUUAUAGCGGGAACCAAGGGACCAGAUACUCCAGUCAUCCUCAAAAUGUGUCUACUAAUGCCCAUAUCCAGUUUGAGAGUACUUCAUUCAUCCCCGAGAAUCAGUAUGUUGGCUCCUCUCAUCAAACUCAACGAAAUGAUGGUGUGGGCCUAGAACUGGGCCCACCACAGCAGGAAAGCAUUGGAUUCCAGCAAAUUGGCUCUUCCAUACAGCCAUCAAACCUGAACUCCUAUGAUGACUGGUCUCGCCAACGGGACAGUCGUCGUAUUGAUGAUUUCUUCUCGGAGGAGGAGAUCCGCAUGAGAAGUCAUGAAAUGCUCGAGAAUGAAGACAUGCAACAAUUGCUUCGUGUCUUCAGCAUGGGUGGAGCUGUCAAUGCGCCAGAAGAUGGGUAUGGUUUCUCAUCUUACGCGCCAUCACCUUGCCAAAACUUUAACUUUGAUGAUGAUCGUAGCCGUUCAUCCGGUAAAGCUGUUGUUGGAUGGCUUAAAAUAAAGGCAGCUAUGAGGUGGGGAAUUUUUAUCCGGAAGAAAGCUGCUGAGAGGAGAGCUCAGCUUGUCGAGCUGGAAGAGUAGCUUCAAAGAAUCUGAUGACUAAGGUUAGACAAGGUGGGUUUGGUAUUGUUCUUGCUGUCUGCAUGCUAUCGGAGGUGGAUGCAGAUUGAAUGUUCUGGAAAUGGUUUGUCUUGUUGCAGCUAGUGACCUCGUACACUGUUCCUCUGUACAGUAGGGUUCUCCAUUGUUUUAAUUUCCCAGAUUUGCUGAUUUAUGUGAUGCUUGUGGAGUAAGCCUCAGAGGGUUUGAUACUUGAGUUCCAAGGCCUGUUUCAGUUAGAUAACCAACGAAUCACUGACACUUUGAUGUGAAGUUCUAGGUAUUGGUGACUUGAGACAUGUAAUAGCACAAUAAUAAGUAAUGGAUUCCCUUAAAAUCUUGGAAAUAGCAUGUGUUUUAUCUGGGACAACUAACGUUCGCAUUGCAGGAGUGUACUGCUAUAUAAUAUACUUGUUUCUU